AUGGAGCCGCCCAAGAAGGAAAUACCAAUUAAGAUGUCCGGGAAUGAAAAGCCCUUGGCAACUAUCAUAGAAGGCAGAUGGUAUUAUGCGGGGAAAAGUGGUAGACCAACUCUGGAGUUAACUAGAACUCAGAAAAUGAGGGUUCAAAGGCAGUACUACACAUUCCUCAAAAACCAGGGUGAUAUACAGGGUCUUUCAGAGACCAGUUCUGCCAGAAAAGGGAAGAAUCUGGAAGUACUCUCUCAGAUAGAACGAACAACCUGCCAGCCACAAAAGCUGGUAAAAACAGAAUCUCCAAGCAAAUCCUCUAUCCAUCUUGCCUCAUCCUCAGUCAAUCAGCUUGAGCCUUCACAAGCACAAGGUGAAUUCAAACCUAUUCCAGUGGAAGAACAAAAAGAUUGGACUGAAGAGUAUGAAAAGGAGCAGCUGGACUAUGAACCAUCCGCAAAUGACCAGAACGGACUCCUCGAGACACGAAAACAGGGAGACUGA